GGCCCAAUAAGAUUGCCUCUGAGAUAUGAAACAAAAAACUGAAGAAAAGGAAAAAACUGAAGAGUGAGACGCGAUUAUGGCGAGCAAGAUGAGUCUCCAUUGCUAUCUCUUUUUGAUCUUCUUCUCUCUCAUUUCACUCCAAGGUUUUGCCAAGAAGACCGGAGAUGUGUCGGAAUUGCAGAUCGGUGUCAAGUUUAAGCCAAAAACAUGUGAAGUUCAGGCUCAUAAAGGUGAUACGAUCAAGGUGCACUAUAGGGGGAAACUUACUGAUGGAACUGUAUUCGAUUCUAGCUUUGAAAGGGGUGAUCCGUUUGAGUUUAAAUUAGGAAGUGGUCAGGUUAUCAAAGGUUGGGAUCAAGGUUUGUUAGGAGCUUGUGUAGGUGAGAAGAGGAAGUUAAAGAUACCUGCAAAACUUGGAUAUGGAGAGCAAGGCUCUCCACCUACUAUCCCCGGUGGUGCAACAUUGAUAUUUGACACAGAGCUUAUUGCGGUAAAUGAAAAACCAGCUGGUGGUGAAGAAGACGGCGGAGAUGAAGACGAUGAGGGAUAUGGAAAUGACGAGCUAUGAUCCGGUCUCUGUUCUCCAACGGUUUUGCUUCACGAGUUCUCUGGAUAAUACAAAGAAACGGUCUAU